GCAGCGACACAUGCUGCAUAGCAUUCUCAAUACAUCUGUUUUAUCAGACGCAUCAAAAGCGAAAAAUUGUCGUAUUUGUACAUUUAUACGUGCACUCCAUUAAUGUUGAUUAAGGAGGUCGUUAAUUACGUGGUUCUAUUCUAGCGCACUUCAUGAGAUCCGUUUCCAAUAAUAAUGCCCUUGCAGGAACGAACCAUUAAUUUGCUGAGUAUUUAAGGAUGGUGUUACAGGUAAGCGUACGGUUAUGUCUAAGUAUCUUUUCAUAAAAUUCAGCCUAAAUUUUGAAAGAGUGCGUACCCUUGAUUUUACCAAGCAGUUCUGAGUUCUUGAUCGGACCCUACCUGUCGCAGUUUCUACCAUUCGUUUCGUUGACCUUAGCUUUAAGGCCGGAUGAGGGUGUAUAGAAGGUGAUACUGUGGAAUCUAAUAGGUUCGUAAGGAGAAAUGGUUUUUAUUCUUUUUGCAUAUUUACAUCAAUAAGAUUUACUAGAUGUAUGUACUUCAGAUAGAAUAUCAAUCCUCAGAUUUUUGCUAUUUUGUUACUGUAAAUGGUAAGAUUUGAACGUUACUAAGGAAAUAAUGGACUUUUUAUGAAAGUAUAGCAAUCAGACAGUAGUGCAUAGUUUUCAAUUUCAGUAAAAAAUGUUUCAUAUUAAUCUAUUAAACAAAUAUUUCUUGUUACUUUUUCCUUUUUUUUUUAGGAUAGUACAAGAGAAAAAACAAGGAGUAAAAUUACCACAGAGGUAUUUACGUUAUACAUAGCUAUUGAUAUCACGUUUAGGUGUCUGAACUUUUUACUUAGGAAGCAUAUUGCAUUUUUAUUCUCGCAUGUUUUUGUUGUUAUUAUCUUUUCAGCACUAGUUACCAUGCUAAAAGACCACAGUCAGGACGUGAUAGAGGCCUGCUCCAAUUUGCUUAAGAAACUUUUCUCCACAAUAACUUACUCUGCAGGUUCGAUUGAUUGUGAAUUUUAUAUGGAGUUGCAGCGUGCACAUAGGGUUCUCUACCGUUCUUCAUUCGGACUUGCACCAGUUUUGGUAAAGGAGAUAUCUAAGCUCGCCUCGGUAAGCUUUGCCAAGGAUGCAAAUCGGAUGAAGGGUCCUAGCAAUAUAGAUAAGGAUAUAGACGAUUUGCAUAAUGAGGACAGCAACCACAUAUCUUUCCUUCAAAGUGAUGCACUAUGGAGCACCGUGUUGAGCGCUUUUUACUUUAAAAAAAGAAAGCUUUCAGAAAAGGCUUUUAUAGCCUUGAACAAUUUGUUGUUAUUCCAAGAGCUUAACCUCAACGUUCCCACAAAAAUAUUUAUGCAUCCUUACACACGCACCUCGGAAAUGAAAGGCACUGAAGCUUCGACUUCACCAAAUAGUGUUUCAUGUAGCGUCGGUGUGGGUGUGUUUGAGGUGCUCACUGAGUUUCUGUGCGUCACCUCUGAUUCAAAUUUACAGUUAUGCAUUCUUUUCCGACUGCAAGGGUUGCUCAAUGGCGAUGGGCAGUUUUUUCUUGAAGGUCGAUCCAUAACACGGAUCCUUCGUUCGGUAUUCAUGGUCUCGACGUGGACAUAUCAGGAAUCGAUUCGUGAGCGCUGUCAGAAGGUUCUGAAGUUGUGUGUAUUGUCUGUGACGCGUCGGUUUGUGAAGGAAUCCCCAUCCGCGGCCACUUCCGAGGAGGCGUCUUCCAGAACGCCGUCUUAUAGCUUUUCCACCACAGCCCCUCUGGAUGACUACACUACUCACGUCCCACCCGACGCGUCCUACAUGCCCAUCGACGUGGUUGACACCUCUGCGCCCGCGUGGGGUGAAACCCCACGUUCAGCGACCGCUCCAGAGGGGUCUUCUCAGCCUCCCCCCCCCCUCUCUUAUGAUCCUUGUCGUCUGUUCCCUGUUAGUGUAAGGGCGUUGGCCCUGAGGCUCAGUGCACAGGCCCUACGCCCUUGUAACAAGGGGCUUCCUGCACCCCUAAAAGGCAUUCUGUUACUUCUCCGUGUGGUUUGCGACCUGGCCUCCCAGCCCUGUCUUGGGGCCCCCAAAGAGAGCGGCGCAUGGCUGCGUCACAGACAGCUUGCCCUGGACCUGUUGGAGCUGGUCCUGGCGGAGUUCCCCGUGGCCAACUGUGUGGAGGAGCACCCUUGUGCCAUAAAGAUCGCCCUGGUCUUGCCAGCCUGCGGUUUUGAGCUCAUCGGCUGCUUGGUACGCAAUCUGUCAGCCACGACCCCGUUUUUGCUCUUUAAUGCCGCUCUCAACAUUCUUAAGCUAUUGCUGAUUAAGUGCCACUAUCACCUUGGACGGGAACUGCAUGCCAUGAUGGUGGCUUUUCUCUUUCCAUUGGUCAAGUCCAAACAUUGUGAUUUUAGACAAAAAUACGCAGUACUUUCUAUGCUACGAGAUUUAUUUUCCUUACCAAGUUUGCUCAUUUCAUUUUUUGUUAAUUAUGAUUGCAAUCCCGCCAUUGGUGCGGAUGGUUUUAAUGGCGAUAUGGUGGAAUCACUUGUUGAUUUUGUCGUAGAGAUUGUCUACUUGGAUUUUUCCCCUGAUAAUCGAGAAGGUCCGCAGCUUAGUCAGGAAGAGAAGCAGCUUUUACGAACUGAGUGCUUUACGAUCAUGCAUAUUUUUACGGACUCUUUGUACCUCUGGAUAGCUGAGGAUCCCAAGGCCACCAUAUCCAGCCUGGUAAUGGAAAAUAAUGCAUGUUGCAGUGGAAUCGAUAGGACGCCAAACACGACCUUAGCUGGGACUUAUCCGUUUUCUUGUGAGAAAAAGGACUCAGUAGAUAAAUUCUGUAAUCUAUCAACCACCACUGAUAUGUUUUUUACUCUCAAGGCUAGUUAUGAUGACGAGAAUCUUUCGCAACCUCAUAUGCAUUUGAUGCCUGCCUCCAACGUAAAUAUUGAUUCGAAUGGAAAGUAUUCACACCUCGAGGACACUUCACAGACGAAGGAGUUGAUCCCCAAUACGGCUACACCGUUCGAAGAAAGUUGUAUACAGUACCACUGGAAACACCUCCAUUACCAGAUAAACAACAAGUGUAUGUUUCAAAAGGCAGCACGCAUGGUUAACAGCGGCAAAUGGAAAGAGGCAAAGAAUUUCCUAGAGUCCCGUAAAUGUCUACCGGUGCAGAUCCCGAGCGAAGCAGAACAGCAGGGAGAGACAGUGUCCGGAGGGAGUUCUAGUUACGCAGCUUUCGCGCGUUUUUUGUAUGAAUAUCCCGGUAUUUCACGUGAUGCUCUCAACAAAAUUAUAAGUAGUCUUAACAAGAAGGGCAAUGAUGUGAAUCUGCUUUUAAGAGAUUACUUUAGUUUAUUUCAUUACCGAGAGAUUCCCAUCGACAUCGCCUUUCGCGAUACUCUCUGCAAGUUCGUGUCGUGGGAAGCGCCUAUGUUUGAGAUACAGGUGUGGGAAACAAUUCAGACCAUUUUCGGUGAGGCUUACGCCAAGGAGAAUCCACUUGUGAUUACAGCGAAGGAUGCUGAGACGAUGGCAGGCGCAUUGCUGUUUCUACAUACUAGCCUUCACAACAAAAAUGCCAAGAGCGUCUCUAUUAGCUUGGACCAGUUUAUUUCGGCGAGCACGGAGUUCCUCGACUUUCCACCCGAUAUUAAAAGUAUGCAAAAAAUAUUUGAGCGCAUAAAGAAGAACAAGUGGGAUUUGGAUAUGUACGGUCGGACUCCACAAGAGGUUGAGCGUCAUCGCAGGCAGUAUUCAAUCUUUUCUAGUUUUUUUAUUGACCAACUACUGUCCCAAUAUCGAGGCGGAAAGUCAAUUCAACCACACCAAUUUCCUCUGAGCACUUCGAUUAUAAAUUUGGAUGCUGAAGUCAAAGAUAUCUCCAACACAGUCCAUACAAGAGAAGACGUAAGUGUUAUUCAAUGUACUCCCAGUGCUGACGACGGCAUGGAGCGGUGGCAAACCCAGUCAAAGUCAGAACAAAAUUCUAUCCCCAACCCGCCUGAGUUUAUUGCGGAGGAGUAUGAGGGCAGUACAGACUUCAACUUACAACCGCCAAAGACAGAUGUGAGGAUUGCCAAGGCCCUGUUGAGUGUAUCUGAAAGUGACCUCACCUUCCCCCAAGCCAAUGACUAUACCACAAACUUCGGUUCGAGCCAUGAUAUUGACAGCAUUUCUACCACUACAGAUACUAACAUUUUUUUUUCCCCUAGCAGUUUUGAGGGUUCCUCUUGGAACCUUUCAGGGGAGAUUGAUCUGCUUAACAGUAAGGCACCAGCCUAUACCACGCACAUGGGAAAGCCAAAGAUUCGCAGAAAUUCUAAAGCGGAAUCCACCGAAGCGUCAAUGUUCUACUUAAAGAAGCUUGAGGCUAUUCAUAUGCGUUUUUUCAGCAACUACGCUAACUAUCAUCCACAACCAUACAUUUUUCCUUACUACGCUGAGCAUGUCCAGCCGCUGCUGCUGCUCACGUACCCGAAGGUGAUGGCAUGUAUUUACUUGGGUUUUAGUAUCACCGAGGUCUCUCCACCGCGUUGGCAUCUCCUAGAGACACUCCACAGAUUGUAUGACAUCGCUGCUGCAUUUAUGAUUAAUCUGAGUGAUCAGCAGGCAAAAAUUGUCGAAACAGUGCAAAAGUAUCUAUGUGCUAAAGACGCCCAUCAACUAAUAUCACAUACCCAAACCUGGCUUACGCUUCUUCUCGUCAACCAUAUAUAA